AUGGCACAUGCAAUAACGUCUCGACUACCGGUCGAGAUAGUGGACCACAUCUUCUCUGAACUAGACACUGCCAGACACACAGAACUCUACCGUCUUCUGUUGGUUAACUCCCACUUCCACGCUCUAUCUAUCCGCCUUCUUUAUCGCAACCUACGGCCGUGGACUCCUCCCAGAACUGUACGCCUGUUGCAGUCUCUGGUAUUUUCUUAUCUCCAGGAUCGGCCCUCACGAUGCCCGCCACCACAUAACUUCGUGAAGAGUUUGCUUAUCCAUCUCGGCAAUAUAACGACACUGAAGGCCCUGACAACUUUGAUCUAUCGAGCCUUACGGACGCUGCCACAGCUCAAGUCAUUAGUUCUUGACCUAUCGGCAAAGGACAAUGGAUACGCUUGGGUCUUACCGCCGGACGUGCCUUUCCAAUUGGAGACGUUCACGACCACGUUACACUUCGUGCCCGCCCUAGCAGACUUCCUGAAUGGGCAGCCAACCAUCCGACAUCUCUCUCUGCGAGGGUGUCAAACUAUUUUCCCCUUCAAGCUCGCCCCAGGUGCCCUCCCGCACCUAUCGACCUGUCGCACUGUACAUGCUAGCCCCGGUCUUCUCGUCGAGUUGACCAAAGGACGCCCACUCACAGGACUUUCGCUCUCGAUAUUCCCCGAAGAUUACUGUUACUCAUUCAAAGCUGUGACGCGUACCUCGGCGCCCAUCAAACGUCUGACCGUGCUUAUCCUGGGCUCCAUACCGCCAUCAGAGCUUUUCCUCAACAUUGCAAAGUAUAUGCCCCUCCUUGAAGCCUUGCACGUCGUCUCGCCUUUCGGAAUGGACAGUUCUGAUGCUCUUCAAGCCUCAGCCCCGAGUCUCGAGCACUUCAAAGCGCUCCGAUAUAUCACUUACAUGGCGUCGGGAGAAUCGGAAAGUGGCCCAGAUGAGGCCUCCUUGGCAGAGUGUUGGCAUGAAGCAUGCCCGACAUUGCAGACCAUCAUCCUUCCUAAGGGACAGCUGUGGUUCCGAAGAGACGAGAAAUGGGUGUGCUCUCUCGUUCCAAGCCCGUCACCAGAGGUAGACGAUACGACGGAGAGGGAGGUUGCGGACGAAGACGAGCGUGAAGCCACCGGGGACUCGGGAGCAACGUCUUCAGAGUCGGAUGACCAGGAAGAAGAUACUGGAGAGCCACAACCAGAGUUCUAUGAUCAUGUGGAGAGUUUUGAGCCUGUAUUGUAG